AUGUCCGUUGGAGUUCCCAUUAAGGUUCUACACGAUGCCGAGGGUCAUAUCGUUACGCUUGAGACUGUAAAUGGGGAGGUUUUUCGGGGUAAGCUUGUUGAGGCAGAGGAUAACAUGAAUGUCCGAAUGGCUGACAUAAGUAUGACAGCCAGGGAUGGAAGAACAUCUAACCUCUCAGACGUCUACAUCAGAGGAAGUAAAAUACGGCCAGAGGGAUCUCGGGGGGCUGGAGCUGGUCGAGGCAAAAGCGCCAUGAUACGUUCAGCCGGUAAUGCGUUAUUUUUUCCUUUAUUUUUCAUAGUUCGUGGUCGGUCCAGACCAUUUAGAGCUCGCGGAGGCCCCUCUAGGGGUCCAUAUGGUCGAUAUUAA